GGUUGAACUCGUUCUUGUCACGCUCGCGUAUACGUUCGUCUUUCAUAGAAAACGCGAGAAACACGCGCACCGAGUGUUGUUUACGCACGAAAGACGACGGUGUCAUUUAUAUCGGGAAUAAAAGUUCGCGUGAUAAUACGCCAAAUAAACGAUAAUUAGAAAAAGAAGGACGACGAGUAGGAUAAGAACAACGCAAACUUUCUCAAAGAGAAGUGAGUUUCGCGCCCGGUAACUACACGCACGCGCACAUAUAAUUUCGCGUCUUGUCGGUAGAUCAACCUCGCCAUCUGCCGGCCUUCCAAUCGGAUACAGUGUGUGCCCUGAGAGUCUUCAGUUAGUCAAUGUCUGGAUGCUUCCCGUUCUCCCCGUUGUGUGGCGCUGAUGCAACUAUUUUGAACCACUAGGACGAGAGAGAGAAGUCGAGAGGAGAGAAAUACGGUCUUCUCAGCGAACGAAAGAAUAGAAGAGGGAUAUUACGAGCGUACGAAGAAGUUACUUUCACGCGAGAGAGGAAAAUAACGAGUGUACAGAGGAGGGAACAUUUCUUGCCGGUGGAUCCAGUGGUACUUGGUUCUCGAUGAGCCGACUUUCGUGACUCGUCUUCUUUCCUUCUCUCCUCUUUUUACCUCUUAUCUCGCUCGCUCUUUUGCCUCCCACGAAAAGUCAUUCCUCCCUCUUGGAAGUCCCGCCAGGAGCAAGAAAGCAGAGCUUUUCUCUCUCCCUCUUGUAAACGUUCCACCUCCAGCUUGGUCUUGCUGCAAGUCCUGCCCUACCAGCGACAACGCACCCUUUUCUUCGUUCCUGGGCCUUCUCAACCUCUCCCCACCAUCACUACCGCUAUUCGCACGCUCUGUCUUUCUAUCUUCCUCUCACUUGCUCUUCCUGCUGCAAGGAGGGCAGACUCGGCGGCUCGUGUCAGUAGUGUGUGCGAGACAGUGCGGCAAGGCAGUACGGCGAGUCAGUGCACGGCGACUCGUCGUUGUGUUGCGACGGUUGGCGCGGAGAAGAGUGUUUAAGAACGUGUUACCCCUUUUUUCUCUCUUCUCCUCGGUGCUGCUAUUCGCGUAUAUUUCUGCAACAAAGUAUGUUCGUGGCGAAUUGUCGUCCUAUUCGUGAUUUUUCUUAUUAUUAUAAUUUAUCAAUUUUUCAUGGCUAAAGUAGUGCUUAGUGCUGCUGCUACUACUACUUACUGCUACUACGUUACGACAAUCUGCGAACUAUCGCAUUGAGGACCUCUUUUCUUCUCUCGCUAUCUUUCUCAGCGUGGGAACGACGUAACAGCGAGGAAGAAACAUCGAAGAGAGACCCCUCUUCCCUGCUUUGACCCCUCCCCCCUGAUCGAGGCGUCGUCCUUCCUUUAUCUCCAUCUAUAUCUAUAUAUCUAUACAUGUAUGUGUUUUUCGGAUCGCGUCUUUCUCUCUCUCUCUAUCUCUAUCUCUAUCUCUCUUACUCUUUGCAGUAAGUUAGAGAAAUAAAAGGAAUAAAGUGUGAUAUAUAUCGGGGGAGUGUGAAGUGAUCGUGUGCUCGAAAUAAAAAGGGGAGUAAUUAAGCGAUAUUCCCUUAAAAUCUUAUUACAAAAUUCAACGAUUUUUCGAUUUUCGGAAAAUCUAUAAUAAGGAGAGUAAGUGAUAAGUGCUACGAACGGCAAGACGCCGUCAACCUUCGCGAGUUCCGAAUACCGGACGGUGUAUACGCAUAUUUAAAAGGAGGAGGAGGAGGAACAGCAGCAGCAGAAUUAGCAAAAGAAGGACUACUAGAAUAUAUCUCGACUGAAAGAAAGAAAGAAAGAAGAGGAAGGAACGUUAUCGUGGCUAUGCAGCCUCGCGAAGCUAUUACCGGAAGAAGAUAACGCCGACAGUAAGUCGGACAAAAGACGAAUCACCACGGUGGUCCACGCGCACAAUAGACGCGUAAACAUUUGGAGGCUUCGAUUAGCCAAAACAUGUGGACCAUGAUGUUAAUGUGGACGGUUGCCGCCGUGCUUCUACCGUCACCCCAUGUGGUAAACGCUUCGGGGGUGUUCGAACUAAGGUUGAAGUCGUUCCUUAACGAAUACGGAAAGGAUAGUCUUGGUAAGUGCUGUUCAGGCACUACCUCAAGAACAGGCGAAUGUUCAGGUGCUUGCAAGACCAGGUUUAGGGUAUGCUUAAAGCAAUACCAAGUGAAGAUUGACACAACGACACCGUGCACUUAUGGAGAUGUCGUUACACCUGUCCUCGGCGAAAACAUCGUUAAUCUUAGUCCAAACGUCGCCCUACCUAGUUUUACUAACCCUAUCAGAUUUCCAUUCGAGUUCACAUGGCCGGGAACGUUUUCUCUGAUCGUCGAGGCCUAUCACGACUCAAACAAUACAACGCAUCAUUCACUCGAAAAGGUACUGAUCACCAGGCUAACCACGCAAAAGUGGCUCGACGUGGGCUCGGAAUGGAUAGAGGAAGAACAUAGGAGUGCCCAUUCACGAAUGGUCUACGAGUAUAGAGUGACGUGUGCGGCACAUUAUUAUGGAAAGGGCUGCGAAAAUCUUUGCAGACCUAGAGAUGACAACUUUGGUCAUUACAGUUGCAGCCCUACCGGUGAACGUGUCUGUCUUUCCGGAUGGAAGGGUGACUACUGUGCUACUCCCCGCUGCCUGCCCGGAUGCGACGAGCAGCACGGACACUGCAGUCAACCCAACGAAUGCAACUGUCAUAGCGGUUGGGAAGGAGCCUUUUGUGAUCAGUGCGUGAGAUAUCCCGAGUGUCUUCAUGGCAGUUGCCAAAAGCCUUGGGAAUGUCUAUGCGACGAAGGCUGGGGCGGACUGUUCUGCAACCAGGAUCUAAACUACUGCACGAAUCACAAGCCCUGCAUGAACGGCGGCACCUGCUUUAACACCGGCCAAGGAUCGUACACCUGCUCUUGCGCGCCGGGCUUCACCGGCACGGACUGCCAGACACCGCUUUUGGACUGUCACUCGAAGCCAUGCUUGAAUGGAGGCUCCUGUUCGAUGGAAGCAACAUACUCUAACUCGAGCGUAUCCUCCAGUGGCGGUAACAACGCAAACGGGAAUCAUCAUCAUCAUUUGGGUUCUUCCUCUUCUCUUGAUAGCUCAUCGUCAUCGAGCAAGUUACAACGAGCAGCUUAUCGAUGUACUUGCCCACCAGGCUGGAGAGGUCGUCACUGCGAGAUGACAUCGAGAUCAUGCCGAGAUUCGCCUUGUUUGCAUGGUGGUAUCUGCGAGGAUGACUCAUUGAACGGCUAUAUUUGUCGUUGUCCAGCAGGAUAUGUGGGUACCGAUUGCGAAUCCCAACUGGAUGAGUGCUCACCGAAUCCUUGCACGAACGGUGGUACCUGCACUGACAUGGUAAACAAUUAUCGUUGUACUUGUCCUCCUGGUUUCGCUGGAGAUCGCUGCGAGAUCAACAUCGACGAUUGCCAAGGCGACCCCUGUCUUAACGGUGCCACGUGUGUCGACUUGGUGAACCGCUUUAGAUGUCAAUGCGUACCUGGAUUCGUUGGAAGACUCUGCCAAGAUAAGGUCGAUUAUUGCCUGGCAAAGCCAUGCGCGAACGGUGGUAGAUGCAUUUCCAGAACGAAUGACUAUCGUUGUGAAUGCAAGCCUGGAUUCACCGGGAAGGAUUGCAGCGUUGACGUCGACGAAUGCCUUAGCGCGCCCUGCAAAAACGGUGGCACCUGUAGGAAUCGAGUGAACGGUUUUCUCUGUGAGUGUCCGAAAGGUUGGCACGGAGAAAGUUGUACGGAGGAGGUUGGUUUCGGUGGUACGGCAAUUUUACCGGUGGCAUCAGCCGCAAGUUCAUCCAGCGAAAGUGGUACUGCCAUUUUACCAGCAGCAGCGGCAGCAGCCGCUGCGGUACCACCCUCCGGUGCCAGUUAUUGGUCAGGAAAUUUAUCGAAACACGUAACCUCUGCAGCCGAAGCUAGAGACGCCGGUCUGACGACCGAACACGUAGUGGUGAUAGCAACUAUCUCAACGGCCGUACCAGCUUUUGUCUUGGUCGCAGCACUCGCAGUAAUGUGCAUGAAGAGGCGGCAAAAGCGCGAACAGGCGAAGGCGGACGAGGAGGCGAGAUUACAGAAUGAAAGGAAUGCGGUACACAGCAGCAUGAGCAAACGUAGUGGAGGUGUUCUCGGUGGCGGUAGCAACAGCGUCAUAGGUUCAACUGGGGGUGGAUCGGCCGUUGGGAUUGGUAAUGUCGGACUUCUGAAUGGUAUUACCAGUGGUUGCGUUGGUAACGGAGUUACCGGUGGUGGAAUAGUUUCGGGCGGAGGUGCGAUUUCCGGAUCUGGAUUGAUCGGUUCGGCUGGUGGAAGUGUCUGCACUCUUGGCACUGGAGAUGCCCACAUGAUCAAGAACACAUGGACGGCAAACAAAAGUGUAAACAACGCGAGUAGCGUCCGACAGGAUGACUUGGACUCCUCGUUUCAGACCGAUGUUACCUUGGAUAGUUCCUGCUCGGGCUAUAAAGCAGAACCAGUGCUUCAGGACGGUAGAACAAGAACGACGAAACAGUUGAACACCGAAGCUGCAGCCCACCGAGCGUCUCAUCUCUUCCAAAAGGAGAAGGACUGCUUAGGUCUGGGUCUGGGUCUUGGUGUCGCUGUACUCGAAAAUGCCAAGAAAUCCUCGGUCUUUGCAAAUACUCCGAGCGAUGCUUGUUGUGCGGCGGAAGCUACCCUGUUGAAAAGGCCGACAACGGUGACCGAAAGUUCUGGUCCACCUGGCAGUGGAGGUGGCGGCGGCGGGGGUGGUGUCGUUGACAGUGCCUGCGGUGUUUAUGUUAUAGAUGAUCAUUACAGGCACGACGCGACCACGCUAGCGACAACACUCGCGACGGAAGUGUAGCCUCGAGUAAUACUGUGACAUACAAAAGAACGCGUGCUUGGGACACGAAUCAAUUAGACAGCGCGCGAAUAACGAACUUGUAUUUUCUCUUUUUCUUCCCCCAAUUUUUGUUCUCGUUUCACCCGACGCAUCAGAGCCCGUGUCGAUCCUCAUUCUUCUUCAAAAAUCUGAAUCAAUGAAAUAACUCUCUUCGAAAGACUCCCAGAUUCUUCGUUCGUAUUUCCUUAAAGACGUCUUAUUUAUGACGACGAGGGGAAUAACGAUGACGAUGACACUGACGAAGAUGACGACCACGACAACGAUGGUGAGAUAAUCAUUAAGAUCUCUCGUCGAGUCGAGCGACGGACUAACUAUUAUAAAUAGAAGCUCGUGAAUCGAGUUAAUAAAGUAACGAUAUGCUGUGGGGGCGGUUGGCAUAUUAGCCACUUACCCGUCUUUAGAUGUUAAUAAUAUUGUCAUGCCUCAAAACAAAACUUUGUACAGAACUAAUUUAUUAUUAUUGUUAUUUACUAUUAUU